AUGAAUAGCAGCCACAAGCGACGCCGGUUAUUGGAUGAUCCAGAACAAAAUGGUGAUGGCUUGGACACAUCUGGGGAUUUCAUACUCACGGACACCAACAUUGGAGUCCACAAAAUGAACUUUGAUGAGGCUAUUCGAAUGGCCACGGAUAACAAGAUCAACUCAAGCAACUCAUGGAAGUACGCGUUAAUCGACUAUUUCCACGAUAUGAAUUUGCUUCGAAGUAAGGAUGGAUUGUCUAUCAAUUUUCAAAAGGCCGGAGCAACGUUGGAUGGAUGCAUGAAGAUCUUUUCACAUAGAAUUGAUUCCGUUGCCUCUGACACUGGCCGACUUCUAUCUGGAUUAGCUCAGAAAAGCAAUUCUGCUGAGCUGGGUGAAGAAACUGAAGGAAAUAUUAGUGUCGAGGAUGAAGAAUCUACAAAGGAAGAUGUUGCAAAGCGUAGAAGAAGAGCCAAGAAACCACGAACUACUUUGAAAGAUGAUUUUGAAACCCUAAAAUAUAAACAGUAUGACCGAGAACUGGCCAUUGAUCCUUUGUUCAAGAGUGCUCUGUCAGAAUUUGAUGAAGGAGGAGCGAAGUCUCUAUUAAUGAACAUUCUUAAGAUUAAUAGUGAGGGAAGAAUUGUCUUUGACGAGACGAUGACCGCAUCUAAGCUUGAAGGAGCUGGAGUGAAUUCAACCGAAAAGUCUAAAGAAUCUAUAAAUAAGGAGGCUGUUGGCGAGGUAUCUUCAUGUGCCGCAAGCGUUAAUGCUUUUCUCGGGAAGAGUCAAUUCGAUACAGAUGACCUCACUGUUUGUUCGAACUUGGAUGCAUUAGAACGUGUUCUCGGAAACAUCGACUUGGCAGAUGAUUUUGUCGAUAGUAUAAUUCCAACCGGAAAGAAGGAUGCAGAUGAUGAAACAAUGCUCAACAACGACGUUCCCGCGUACGAACCAGUGGGUAACAAUACAUCUAGAGCCGGCUUAUCACCUGAGGAUUACGUCACCGAUAACGGCAUUAGCGAGGCAGACGCUGAUAUAGAUGAUGGAGAAGAAGGAUUUAUUGGGAACGUCAACGAAGAGGUAUUUGGAUUGCUUAAAAAACUCGACAAACAGACUAAUAAAACAUGGACUGGACGAACCAAUCCUUCUUGGAAGAUAGACCUAUUCAGGAAAACAAUGGGCCAGAAAUUGAAUGACGAGAUUAUCAAACAAGAGAAAUCCAAAGAUUGCAAAGUAAUUGAAUCGGAAGAGAUCAAACUUAAACCAUCCAAGAACUCGUAUCCUAUAAAUUUCUUGAAUACUGAGGAAGGGGAACUCAGUGAGAAGAAGAUUUUCCGGAAGGGUAGAAGGACAACGCUACCAGAGUCCAGCUUUAAUGACUAUUCAUCGGUAACCUUGCCUGAUGAUCUUCAAUGGAGCUCAAAGAAGCUGAUUCAGUCUUUUUUGAAGCCGGAUACUCAUAUUAGCAUUUUCAGAAGAGUGAAAUGGAGAUCAAACGAUCAUAGUUUACUUGCGGAACAGGAACUAUGGGCAGAUGUAUAUAGUAAGCCGAACAGCGAAAAAGAUAAUGAUAAUGAUGGUGGUCAGCACUUCUUUGCUGAUGUUCCUCAAGAUGAAAAUUUGGAUGAACAUGAAGUUGAUGAGGAUGAAGGCAUUUUGGGUGAUAUUGAUUUCAACAUGCAGCUAUCCUCAUCUCAGAACCCAUGCAAAUACAGCUCAAGGCCAUUAAAUUAUGCCAGGGUAUCCAAAAAAGUCGAUGUUCGACGUCUUAAAGAUAACAUGUGGCAGUCAGCGGCUUCAAAUGAAAAAGACGAUCAAAUAGACGUAAAAUUGAGUGAUGUGAUGAAGGAUACACUGGAGAGAUAUGACGGAAAGCAGAAAAAGGAUAUGUCGACAUCAUUUUUCUUUAUUUGCAUGCUACAUCUGGCCAAUGAGCAUGAACUUGAGAUCUCAAGUAACACUAACCAUACCGAUUUGAAGAUCACUGGUGCUAUUGAUAAUAAAUCUUUACUACAAAACACUACAUAA